GUCUCGCUCCUUCUAAACCCAAAAUCUCCACUUCUCUCUCUCUCUCUCUCUCUCUCUCUCUCUCUCUAUAUAUAUAUAUAUAUAUAUAUCCUCCUCUUUUUCCUGGAUUAUUUACACACGUCGCCAUUUUCUUCAACCUUCACUGAACCUCUUCAGGUGUUUGUGUUUGCUGCCAUAACUUCUGAACAUUUGAUAUGGCACAUUUGCUUUCAACUUCCUGCAAUCUUAAGAUUCCUUCUGGCUGUAAACCCCACUCCAGAUUAACCCAGGAUUCAGUAUCAGUAGCAUCAUUUCCUGCCUCUUUUCCUUUCCAAACUUCCAAAUCUCCAUUUAGAAAUCUUGUUUUGUCCGGGGAAAGGUCUGGUGGUAGAAACUGCAUUGUGCAGGCAACUACUAUCUCUUCAAGUCGAGAAGCCUCGAAGAAUCCCGGCACUGGUUUUGACCAGAUUUCAAGUGAACCCUCCAAAUCACAAAGGGUUAUGGUCAUUGGUGGUGAUGGCUACUGUGGUUGGGCCACUGCCCUCCACCUAUCCAAGAAAGGUUAUGAGGUUGCCAUUGUUGACAGCCUUGUUCGCCGCCUCUUUGACCACCAGCUCAGUCUGGACUCUCUGACUCCAAUUGCCUCCAUCCACAACCGCCUCCGCUGCUGGAAAUCCCUCACCGGAAAGACUAUUGAGCUCUACAUUGGUGAUAUCUGUGACUUUGAGUUCUUAUCAGAAUCCUUCAAGUCAUUUGAGCCUGAUGCUGUUGUUCAUUUUGGGGAACAGCGGUCUGCCCCUUACUCGAUGAUUGAUCGGUCAAGAGCUGUGUUUACGCAGCACAACAAUGUAAUUGGAACAUUGAAUGUGCUCUUUGCCAUAAAAGAAUUUAGAGAGGAGUGUCAUCUGGUGAAGCUUGGGACAAUGGGAGAAUACGGGACUCCAAAUAUUGACAUUGAAGAGGGUUACAUUACCAUUACUCAUAAUGGAAGAACAGAUACUUUGCCAUAUCCAAAGCAAGCAAGCUCAUUCUAUCAUCUGAGUAAGGUUCAUGAUUCGAAUAAUAUAGCCUUCACUUGCAAGGCUUGGGGGAUCAGAGCCACUGACCUAAACCAAGGAGUGGUUUACGGGGUUAAAACAGAGGAAACUGAUAUUCAUGAAGAGCUAUGCAACAGGCUUGAUUACGACGGUGUGUUUGGGACCGCAUUGAAUCGGUUCUGUGUUCAGGCUGCUGUUGGUCAUCCACUCACUGUGUACGGCAAGGGAGGCCAGACCCGGGGAUAUCUUGACAUAAGAGAUACAGUUCAAUGUGUUGAGCUUGCCAUUGCAAAGCCAGCUAAGCCAGGAGAGUUUCGGGUCUUCAACCAAUUCACCGAGCAGUUCUCUGUCAAUGAACUUGCGGCCCUUGUUACAAAAGCUGGAAACAAGCUUGGGAUCGAAGUGAAGACCAUCUCCGUGCCAAAUCCAAGAGUAGAAGCCGAGGAGCAUUAUUACAACGCCAAGCGCACAAAACUCAUCGAGUUGGGACUUAAGCCGCACCUACUCUCAGACUCUCUUCUUGAUUCUUUGCUCAACUUUGCUAUUAAGUACAAGGAUCGUGUUGACACAAAGCAGAUAAUGCCCAGUGUUUCAUGGAAAAAAAUUGGAGUUAAACCAAAGACUGUUGCUGCCUAGUUGAGUGUAGAUACAAGAGGACAUUUGAAGUCUUUGUCAUCUUCCCACCUCUCUUUCUUCUAAAUCUAUAGGAUUUGUUUAGCCUAUAUAAAAUGUGCUCUGUGAUUGCUCUGCUGCAAUCGUAAAAAUGACCAGUCAGUUGUUCAAUUAUAAAUACCCGCAGUUAGUCAGUUUUGUGUCUGAGAUGAAAUGUAUGUUUAGUUUAGUGCCGGCUCCAAAACAGGACGUGAGAAACAAAUGUGUUGGGAGGUGUUUGGCCAUGGUCUGACCCUGUUGUACUCCAAUAUAUCGCCAAUGUAUCAUGGAAGUUUAACAUAUCGCCAAUGUAU